AUGGCAUUUGAGGAGCUGUUAGAAUUGCAGAGUCAAGUGGGGACUAAAGCCUACAAACAAUUGGUAACAGGAAGCAGCACUAAGAAGCAGAGUUCUAGACCACCUGUCCCAAAAGCAUGUGUUGCAGAUAAGCACAGGCCUCUGGAGAUGUCAGCCAAGGUCCGGGUGCCAUUUUUGCGACAGGUUGUCCCCAUCAGUAAGAAGGUAGCCCGGGACCCCCGCUUUCAUGAUCUGUCAGGGGAGUAUAGCCCUGAGGUGUUCGAUAAAACAUAUCAAUUCCUAGAUGACAUCCGAGCCAGAGAGAAGGAGCUGGUGAAAAAGCAGCUGAAGAGGCGCCGUUCAGGGGAGGAGCAUGAGAAACUACAGCAGCUGCUUCAGCGAACGGAGCAGCAAGAAAUGGCACCGAAGAGCCAGAGCGGCAGCAGGAGCUGCGCCUGGCCUUGCAGCAGGAGCGGCGGGCUCGGGCCCAGCGAGGCCACCGGCCAUGCUUCCUGA